AUGUGCACGGCAACUUUGUGGCUGUCAGCAGCGGCAAGCCCAAAACCCGCUACUUCACUGCAGAAGAGAUCACAUAUCCCGGCCUCGAAAACGGGAAUCUCUUUGUCGCCACACGGCUUGACAUCAGCCACCAACAGCGGGGAGUCUGUGAAGACAAGCAGCUCCAAUGCGAGACGGAUGCAGAUUGUCACGCGCAGGUGGACGGAAAGUGCUCCGAAAAAGGCUUCUGCAUUGAGCCGUCCUGGUGCCCUAUGGAGGAGCAAGAUGAAUCUUAUAAGUUGGACGCUUCGGCCGAACUGGCAAUCUGGGUGA